CCGAGCCAGGGCGCCCCCGGAGCGCAAUUUUCGCGGAGACGCUGGGACCAGACCAGAGGAUGAGCCGCGGAGAGCGGCGCGGGUACUGACGCCAGUUGGGGCCACGGCUCCAGGCCGCCGGCGGCACGAUGAGCCGGCCCUCGGAGACGCCCUAGCCGGGUGCACGCGCCGGGCGGAGCGCGCAGGUGGGGCUGCGCUCUCCGCGGUGCGCCCCUCGCAGGGCCACGCCGGCCGGAGGAUGGGCGCCGGCGCUCCGGGGCCGCGCCCGCCGCUGCUGCCCCCGCGUCUGCCGCGAGCCCGGCGUCCGGCCGGCGCCCUGCGCUCAUGGACGGCGGCUCCAGGCUGGCGGCGGCGCGCCCCCGGGCUGUGAAUGCGACUGGCCCCUCCGCCGCGCUCCCCGCCCGCCCGGCCGCCGGGACGCGGUAGGGGAUGCCCAGCUCCACUGCGAUGGCAGUUGGCGCGCUGUCCAGUUCCCUCCUGCUCACCUGCUGCCUGAUGGUGGCUCUGUGCAGCCCGAGCAUCCCUCUAGAGAAGCUGGCCCAGGCGCCCGGGCGGCCCGGCCAGGAGAAGCGCGAGCACGCAUCUCGGGACGGCCCGGGGCGGGUGAGCGAGCUCGGGCGCCCGGCGAGGGACGAGGGUGGCGGCGGCCGGGACUGGAAGGGCAAGGGCGGCCGCGGGCUGGCCGGCCGGGAGGCGUGGAGCAAGCAGAAGCAGGCCUGGGCCGCCCAGAGCGCGGGCGCCGGUGCCGGGGACCUGCAGGGGCGGCCCCGCGGGGACACCCCGCACGAAGAGCCCCCGGCCGCCGCCGCCGCCCAGGACGCGGCGGGCCUGGACCCGGAGCCCACGCCUGAGCCGCCAGAGGAGUACGCUUACCCGGACUACCGGGGCAAGGGCUGCGUGGACGAGAGCGGCUUCGUGUACGCGAUCGGGGAGAAGUUCGCGCCGGGCCCCUCGGCCUGCCCGUGCCUGUGCACAGAGGAGGGGCCGCUGUGCGCGCAGCCCGAGUGCCCGCGGCUGCACCCACGCUGCAUCCACGUCGACACGAGCCAGUGCUGCCCGCAGUGCAAGGAGAGGAAGAACUACUGCGAGUUCCGGGGCAAGACCUACCAGACCCUGGAGGAGUUCGUGGUGUCUCCGUGCGAGCGGUGCCGCUGCGAGGCCAGCGGGGAAGUGCUGUGUGCAGUGUCCGCGUGUCCGCAGACCGAGUGCGUGGACCCGGUGUACGAGCCGGACCAGUGCUGCCCCAUCUGCAAAAACGGCCCGAACUGCUUCGCGGAGACGUCUGUCAUCCCCGCUGGGAGGGAAGUGAAGACGGACGAGUGCACCAUCUGCCACUGCACCUACGAGGAAGGCACGUGGAGGAUCGAGCGGCAGGCCAUGUGCACCAGGCACGAGUGCCGGCAGAUGUAGUCCCGGCCGCACGCACUGCCAAGGCUUCCUAGAAUCCUUUCCGACCUGAACGUUCUGGAUGCCUCCAGGAAAUACCGACCCCAAGGAGGAGACUUUUGAUGAGGAAUUGUGGAAAACUGUUGGAAUUUUUUUUGCUCCUCUUGGUCAUAACAACUGUGGGAGAAGGAAAUGGACGUAUUUCAAAGCUUCAAGAACUUUGGGCAAAAAUGUCCACCUCUAAAUAAAUGUGCUAUUUUCACAGUAAGGACACUGAAGUACACUAUUAUAUAUGAAAUGUAUUUCUAUAAUCCCUCUAUUAGAGAGCUUCUAUAAAUGUUUUCUAUAGAUACAGAUUAAAAUGCUGUGUUGUCAACUGUCCUCACUGCGUACCUGCAUUUCUUUUUCAUUUCUGAUUCCAUCACAUGAAUUAUCUGUGGUCACUGCUGCAAUAGUGCACCCAUUAAUGG